AUGACAUCAGUAAUGGAAUCUGAAAGAUUCAGCAAGUGGACCUAUAUCCUGAGGACACUCGCCACGAUCCUCACCUUCAUUACCAGACUUUCGACAAAGGCCACUCAACACUUCGGAACUACGAAGAAUGCCUUACGAUCCAAGGCAGAAAUAAUUCUAUUCCGAAUGGCUCAAAUCGAAGACCCACCCUGUAGUGAUCUGCAACGUCAACUUACACUCUUCAAGUGCGGACGGACACACUUGUUCAGAGUUCGAACAAGAAUCCAUGAGUCUGCACUACCUCCGGAGACAAAAGAACCUAUUCUACUCCCACAAAGCAACAUCACCGAGCUAUUUAUCCUACACGUCCACGAGCUGAAUCACCAUUGUGGAACAGAACAAACAUUAAUCGAGCUCCGAAAAUCAGUAUGGAUACCCAAAGGAAGGUCAACAGUGAAACGCGUCAUCAACAACCGCUGCUUCCUUUGCAGACGAAAUAAUGCGAAACCAUUCAAGCUACCGGACUUCCCUCCACAUCCAGAUUAUCGCGUCAACAAACCCAACCAUCCCUUCGAAAACUGCGGAAUUGACGUCAUGGGACCAAUAAAGUACAAAUCCAAACAUGGAGAGACCAAAAAAUGCUGGAUCCUACUAAUAAUCUGUCUAAACUGCCGUGCCAUCAUAGUCGACAUUAUACGCAGUCUCUCAUCACAUACAUUCCUCCACUGUCUAAGACGCUUCAUUGCCACGAACGGGUGCCCGAAAAGAAUAAUCUGCGACAACGCCCCCGCAUUCAAGACCUUCGCACAAGCACAAUCGGAUGAACCCAUGAACGAGAAAAGACCAGAAGACUUACUGGACUACUGCGCAACCAAGAAAAUCCAAUUCAAGUUUAUACCUGCGUUCAGUCCGUGGCAAGGAGGAGUUUAUGAAUGA